CCGGAGAGGUGAGUUUUAACUAGAGACAGUGCAAAGGCCAGGAGAGAACUGGCAACCGUCACAGUUAUUAUGGCAUUUUAUCUGAGAUAAGAGUCAUUGCUACAAAGCUACAGCUCGAGCUACAGAUGAGACUUCCUCUUCGCUCCUCUUGCAUCUUCAGGAGUUUACUCUGUCUAAGCCAAACCACAACCCCACAGAGCCGAGGCCUGAGUGGUGCAGCCAUGCGUCUGGUGCAGUUUCAUCGCCAUGGUGACGGAGGCAUCAGAGUGGGAGUGGAGCAAGGCGAAGGGCUCGGUGUGGUGGAUCUGAAGGCGUUUGACCCGUCCAUGCCCUCAACCAUGAGAGAGCUGCUGGAGCUGGGAGACAAGGGUCUGGAGUGUGCACAGAGAGCCUUGGCGUCCGGUCAGUGUGUGCUGGAGCGACCCGACAUCCGUCUGCUGUCUCCUGUGUUGGCCCCGGAGAAGGUGGUGUGUGUGGGUAUGAACUACCGCGACCACUGCCUGGAGCAGAAUGCUCCGAUCCCCAAAGAACCGAUCAUCUUCAGCAAGUUCCCCAGCGCCAUCACAGGGCCGUACGAUGACAUUACACUGCCCCCAGAGAGCCAGGAAGUGGACUGGGAGGUGGAGCUGGCCUUUGUGAUUAGACGGCGAGGAAAACACAUCAAGGAGGAAGAUGCUCUCUCCUAUGUGGCUGGCUUCACUGUGGCCAAUGACGUCAGCGCGCGUGACUGGCAGAUGAAGCGCAACGGGAAGCAGUGGCUGCUGGGAAAAACGUUUGACAGCUUCUGUCCUCUCGGCCCUGCCUUAGUAACUACCGACGCUGUGAACGACCCUCACAACCUGGGCAUCCGCUGCCUGGUCAACGGAGACACAGUCCAGAGCAGCAACACUGAUCAGAUGAUCUUCAAGACAGCCGCGCUGGUCGCCUGGGUCUCCAAGUUUGUGACAUUAUCUCCAGGAGAUGUGUUCCUGACGGGCACCCCUCCAGGCGUGGGUGUAUUCAGGACGCCACCCGUCUUUCUCAAGAAAGGAGACGUGGUGGAGUGCCAGAUAGACCAGUUAGGCUCUAUAGUCAACAAAGUGGUCUAACGCCCAAGAUAAACUGCUGAAAACAGCAACAAUCCAUGGAGGAAUGUCAGCUGCUAAACAAACUGCACUUCUGAUCGCCUGCUUCACACAAUGAAUUACUAUUUCCAGUUAAUGUUUCAUAAUCAUUUUUUUUUUUUUUAACUUUUCCGGCUUGAUUGUGUGCAGAUGUGUAAUAAGUGUAUGUUUCCUAAUGAAUGUUUUAGUCAUGAUACUUCACUAACUGUGUGGAAGGAAAACGUGUUAUUUUUUACUAUGUGGAUGUGUACAAUGUAAUUACAUGAGUCAACAUGGUGUUUGCAGCUCAGCCAGUUACUGAGUCACACAGUCAUCACCAGCUGUAAAAAUACCCUCUAUCAACAGUCACGCACUCAUGCUACACAACAGAAACUGUGAACCUCCGCACUUAUUUCAGUGUGAAAAACAAAAAAGUAUUUCUAAUUAUAUUUAAUAUUCAGGAUGAUAAAUCGUGCAUAAAACUUUUCUACUAACUUUCAAACAGCAAACUUUCUCAUAAAAAGAAAGCAGAUUUCCAGUGAUGGGGAAAAAUUCAAUUUAAUUAAAAAUAUGCUGUCCUCAA